AUGCCCAAUAUUAAAGCGGUCUUGAAGGCAGCGGAUGUAUUCUCAGCUUUAUCAUUUAUCAAUAUUCAGGAGCUGCUUCCUCACAUGAGCAAGCUGGAAGACGCUUUAUGCAUCCUUCAGGAAAAGGUCGAAGCAACACGGGCUAUCCAAACCAGUAUUCAGCUUUCUUCUAGCAAUUCAUCAAAUUUGGCUUCUUCUAAUCUAGAAAAUGACACCCAACCCGAAAAUUCUGAGCAUAACAGCACCCAACCUGAAAACUCUGAGCAUCAGGUUAACCACAUGAUUCAGAAGGUUCUCUCAGCUUUGUCUCAUGAGAAAUCAAACGAUAUUCUGGAUUUCUUGUCAUUUCCUAUUCGUGAUUUUUUAGAAAAUGAUAAUUCGGAUUGGUACGGAGAAGACCCUCGUGUUGUUGACCUUCGUCUUUCCUGUCAUUCGAAGUCAACUCUUGAUAUAAGGUUUCGAGCGAAGCUACGUCGAGGGUUAAGUCAGAGAUCACUGGCUGUUGAGUACGACAAAUGGGAAAAAAAAACGUUUAGCACAUCCCGAAUCACCGAACUUUCUGAAGAUCCCGCAAGUUCAAAUGAUCACCAAGGCUAUAUCAAAAAAUUCAUCGAGGCCCACGCUCCCCUAUUCAAGGACAAAAACACUACAUUACACGGAAUCAAGCAGGGAAUAAGACUUCUUGUCUUUGAGAAAAUGUAUGGCGCUGCCGGCAGCUCUUCGAUUUUCAUAUUCACAUAUGGGCCUUUUCGUUCGGUGAAAUAUAAGCUUUACCCCAAUCUGAAGGGUUUAUUUGAGCGUACCUCUUGGAAUAAGGUAGCGAGAGAAAGAACAAACUGGCUUAUCCAAUAUCAAGCUCUAUAUGAUGGUAAUUAA